AUGAAUAACACUUCAUCAGUCUAUACACCCCAUGUAUUCCAACGUUACAGUAUACCUCAACUCUUGGACACUUUCGCUCCAGGUUCACCAACAGCGGGACGGAUUGUUCCUCCAAUAUGGUACAUGGUAGGAUUUAUUGGUAAUCCUAUAUCAGCCUUGAUCUGGUUUGGUAAACGUAUGAGACGGAACAACUCAUCAGCGAUAUAUCUUGGAGCGCUCUCAAUAUCGGACUUCUGUUUCUUGUUACUGCAUAUGUUAUAUAUUCUACAUUCUACCUGGGGAUAUCGUACUUAUAAUACAGAGAGUGGAUGUGAGGUGUUUAACUUUCUGUUCUAUGUUCCUCAAUACCUGUCAACGUUACUCGUCCUCGGCUUCACAAUCGAGCGUUACAUCGCAGUUGUACAUCCUUUCCUAAAAGAAAAAUGGUGCACAGUAAAAAGAGCUUCUAUAAUAGUGCUGGUUUUGACAAUAUUUUCAAUGGUGAUUGCAUCUGCUCAAACCUACAUCUGGUACUACUACUCUGUGACGGAUUCGUGCAAUAUCAGACCCCAGGCUCAAGUUGGUGGCACCAUGAGCUUCAAACAUAUCUGGACCUGGUUCACCGAAGUUCUCAUAUUUAUUCUCGUACCUCUCUUGGUUCUGAUUUUUAAUAUUCUCGUAUUACGGGAGAUAUUCAAACUAUCAAACAACGGAGUCAUAUCGCGACAGAGUGGGGGAUCUAACAGUACGACAGCAUCCACAGUCACCUUGCUUGCUGUUUCAUUUUAUCUGAUCGUUACUCAGUUAACGUCAACACUCGUCUAUUGCUUGGAGCAACUGUUUGAACAUGGAGACAUUUACCUCUCGGAUGAAGAGAUCCGAGCUGAUCCAGCAUGGUCAAAGUUGUUCAAUUAUCUUACAGCUCGUAAAAUCAUUGAGGUUAUCAGCUUAUCACACUACGCGUGUUAUAUAUUUAUUUAUGCUCUGACUGGGAAACAUUUCAGAAAAGAAAUCUUGUACAUUCUUACAUGCUACGGAAGAUCCUCGUGGUUGGACAAGACGUGCAGUAAAACGCAUCGAGGAGAGCGUUAUUCCAUGGUUUCGGGAAACGGCAAUCCGAUGUCGGAAACUGUGACAACAACAUUUACGACGAACAUAUAG